CGAUAUACACAAGACGUAAAAAUUUGAACGUGUAAAAACAUUUUGAUAUUGUGUUUGUAAAAAUUGAAUAUGGAUCAUUUGAAUUCGGUGAAGGAAGAAAUUGUGGAAGAAUCAUUUGCCGAAAAUGAAGAUCAAUAUUAUGAUGGCGAUGACGAUGAUGAUGUUGAUGAAAAUAAUAGUGAUAACGAAGAUUUUUAUUUUGAAUCGGAUCAUUUGGCAUUGAGAGGAAAUUCAGACUAUCGCUCCGUUUUACGAACAAUUGUUAUUUUGGAGGCUCAACGAAUCGAAGCAUCAAAACAUAUCGAUAAAAUUGCUGAAAUGCAGAAAAGAGCAUUGGAAGACCCCGAAGACUUUCUAAAAAAACUAAUAUCAAAAGAAGGCUUAGAUUUGCCGGCACGAAUAAACAUUCAGAAUAUUCCAAAGAUCAAAUUUGAGAAAUAUAAUAUGCCAAAUUCAAUCAGUAUGUCAAAUACACAAGAAAGCAAAGUGAAAGAAGAGAAUGAUUUCACCGUGCGAGGUAGAGUAUUCAACGAAACAAAGCCGGAAACAUUCAACCAGCUUUGGACGUGCGAAGAGCAACGUCGCCUCGAAGAGCUAUUGGUUGAAUAUCCACCCGAACCGAUUGAAAUGCGUCGUUUUGCCAAAAUAGCCAAGGCAUUAGGUAAUCGAACACCACGACAAGUGGCGAGCCGAUUACAAAAAUACUUUCAGAAAUUGCAUGCAGCCGGUUUGCCGGUACCUGGUCGUAUUCCGCGCAAUGCCCGAUCAUACAAUACUUCUCGUAAAAAUAGAAUGGUCAAACAUAUGGUGCGACCGACAACAUUUUUCCCAUCAAACUAUGUUCCGGUCAAUAUCACUGAAGACGAUGAUAACAAUGCAAUAAAUUUACUUGAUCCAAACUACUAUCGAAAUGGUUGCAGCGUCAAAAAUAUGAACGAUGAAGAUAUUGAUAAUAUGGUGAUUGUUGAUGAACCGAGUGAUACCGAACCAGAUCCAAAUGCAACUGAUACAAUAAAAAUGGCUGCGAUCAUUAAAAGAGUUAAAAGAGAAAAAGAAAGGGAAUACUCACUUGAAACAACAAUUAGUGAACACAAUGGAUACAAAUGCGAUUAUUGUGAUGAGGAUCCGAUUUCUGGCACCCGAUGGCAUUGUAUUACAUGCAAAGAUCAAUCAACUGAUUAUUGUUCAGAUUGUUUGGUUGCUCAAACACAGGACGAUAAUCAUCAUUCGUUCGAUCAUAUAUUUAUUGGGUAUCGUGUGUCGUCCGAUUUCAAUGGUCGUUCCGAUGUCAGUGACGACGAUGGUGAUGGUGAUGGCCAAGGGAACGAGGAAGCAAGUGAAGAUGCCAACGACGAUACAUCACAAUUUAUUGAUUCACCCGAUGAUAGUAAUUACGAUGAAUCGAUGGACACAUUUGAUAAAGAUUAUGUUCCAAAAUCAACAAAUCAAACGAACAAUUAUUUAGAUCCGAACUUUUUAACGAAUUCAAAAUAAAAUCUAUUUAUUUUCUAUAUAUAA